GAGUUCGAUUCUCGGAAUGCCCCUUUUUUCCCCAAUUUUUUUACACCCUACCGACCCGAAAUUCAUCCACGAGGCAUGAGCGUCCCCAACACUCUUCUAGUAGUCUUCUUCCUCUUCAUCACCAUAAUUUUACUAAACCCCAACAAGUAUAAAAACACAUUAAUUUGGUUUUAAUCCUCACUUUCACGCAACAAAAAUCAUAGUAGGAUUUGAAAAUGGCAGCGAAAAAUAGUGAUGAAACAGCACCAUCUUCAUCUCGGCCAUGGCAGACUUAUCAUACUGUCUUUACCAAUGCCAAAGCAGGGAUGGAAGGAGUAGACAAGGAAAAAGUGCAGAGAAUAGUGUACGAGAUGAGCAAAGGUUCUAAGUACUAUGAGAACGAGGCGAGAAAAGAGGCUGAUAUGAAGGUUAAGAUUGAAAAUAUGCGUUCGCAGUAUGCAAAGCUCACAGCUUCGGAUAUUUCCCAUUACCAGAAGGUUGCUGAUAAAAGAAUUUUAGAACUAGAAACUACUCGGGAUCUCUCAAGGAUCUGGCUGCAUGUAGAUAUGGAUGCAUUCUAUGCAGCAGUUGAAACAUUAAGUGAUCAAUCAUUAAAAGGCAAGCCAAUGGCUGUUGGCGGCAUGUCCAUGAUUUCCACUGCUAAUUAUGAGGCUAGGAAAUUUGGGGUUCGUGCUGCAAUGCCUGGUUUCAUUGCGCGCAAAUUAUGCCCAGAGUUGAUAUUUGUGCCUGUUGAUUUUAAAAAAUAUACACAUUACAGUGAUUUAACUAGAAAAGUGUUCCAGAGGUAUGACCAGAAUUUCAUGGCUGCCAGUCUGGAUGAAGCCUACUUAGACAUCACAGACGUCUGCAGCAAGAGGGCCAUAACUGGUGCAGAAGUUGCUGAAGAACUCAGGGAACUAGUAUAUGUGGAGACUGGUCUUACAUGUAGUGCUGGAGUUGCUCCGAAUCGCUUACUCGCUAAGGUCUGUUCAGAUAUUAACAAGCCAAAUGGUCAGUUUAUAUUACCCAAUGAGCGGAUUGCUGUCGUGACAUUCAUAUCAUCACUUCCCAUAAGAAAGAUUGGAGGUAUAGGCAAGGUUACUGAAAAUGUAUUAAAAGAAGUUUUUGGAAUUUCAACUUGUGAGGAGAUGCUGCAAAAGAGUGGCCCUCUCUGUGCAUUAUUUUCCCAUUCCUCAGCUGCUUUCUUCCUUUCCGUGGGACUGGGACUUGGUGGAACUGACACCCCUCAAGCUAAGUUCAGAAAAAGUAUAAGCAACGAGAGAACUUUUUCAGCCACUAAAGACGAGGCCUUGCUUUAUAAAAAAAUUGUUGAGCUAGCUGAGAUGCUUUCUGCCGACAUGAAGAAAGAAGGUCUAAGUGGGCGUACUUUGACACUUAAACUAAAAACAGCAUCUUUUGAGGUUAGGACUAGAGCUGUGACUUUGCAAAAUUAUAUAUACUCAAGCGAGGAUAUCUUGAAGCAUGCUUCAAAGCUGCUAAAGGCUGAACUCCCUAUAUCUAUCAGACUAAUGGGUUUGCGCAUGUCGCACUUCAGAGAAGACCACGAUGGUUUCCUUGGUGAUCCCACACAGAAAACUCUAUCCAGCUUUUUUGGUCCAGGAGAUGCUAAAAAAGUAAAAGCAGAUGACAAUGUUACCAUAGGCAACGAUGUUGAUGCUAGUUGUUUAGCAGCCAACAAAGAGACUGGUCUUGCUUUAGAUAACCAUGAGCUUUGUUGUGAUCUGAGGGAUCACUCUGAUACAAACCAAGUACUGGAUCAUAGUAGUCACACUUCAAGUAAAUAUUGCAUGGAAAUGGAGGAGAGUGACAAACUUCCAAGUAAUGCAAGCGAAGUUAAGCUUAACUCCCUGAAUACAUCAAGGCAUCAACCGAGUUCUUACAAGUCAGAUGAUGCCCAGGAGAUAAAAACUCUAUCUAGACUGGUGGGUGAAAGCAGCAUAGGUCAGCGGCUUCAACAGGAUCAAUUCUCCAAUAAUGCAGGGUCUUCAUCAAAUUAUAAUAAAGAAUUUUCUUUGUGGGUGGAUGAUUACAAGUGUUCACUAUGUGGAGCCGAAAUACCUCCCAAUUUUAUUGAGGAAAGACAAGAUCAUUCUGAUUUCCAUUUUGCUGAGAGGCUGCAAGAGGAAGAAUCAAACAAUUACAAUGGGAAUCUUACACUGAAGCAGAGGAUUGUCGAGAAGGAACGUAUUAGAAGCCAUGGUAGAGGCAAGAAGAAGCAAAAGAUAGCACCCACACCUGGUAAACAUCUUCCAAUAGAUGUUUUUUUCAGUAAGAGAACUUAAUUUCUCCUGCAAAGGUAUAUUAGUCUGUUUAAAUUUGUAUAUGGUCGGUUAAUUUAAUUCUUCCCAAUGAUCUUAUAUCCCCCUUUCUCAACACCAAACAUCUGCGUUCAAUAUCAGCGUAUAAACUCCGUGUACCUGAUCCCCUUGUACAUUUGUAAACUUGUUGUAUGCAUUUAUAACAAUGUUAAAAGUUAUAUGUUAAUAAAAACUUGUGUAUAUAAUCCGUCAUUAUCAUU